GAUGACGGGCUCCCGCUUGGUUCAUGGAUACCCCCAGCUUGCUGGGUAGGCCCUUGACUUGGUUGGCGGGCCCUCAGCUCAGUCAAUUGGACCUCAGCUGGACGGGGAUCGCUGCUGCUUGGAUCGGCGCGUUGAUGAUUGUUGGUCGCUCAUUGGAUGAUGAUGACAUGUUGUGUGCAUGUACCGCUACGAUCCUGUAAAGUAUUCAUAUGUACGACACGCCUGCUGCACUUAUCUGUAUCUGCUACUACUGCAUUGGACUACAUGGUAGCACUGUAUAUACUAAUCCAACCUACUUACGAUGACACGAAAAUGUACAUAAACAGCCUUGCUCAUUUGACGAUAGUUAUGCAGUUGAUUAGACUCGUUGGCUGAGGCGGAUAGGUGGAAGGCCGGAGGCCGCUUGACGAGGAGCAGCG